AUGCGUCUUUUCAAGUCUGUGAUUACAGCGCUUGCUGUGGUUGCAGUUCGGGCUACAAUUGUCCCAAAUUCGCACGUAUUACACGAGAAACGGACUGUCAGUUCCUCACAAUGGGUAGAAUCUUCAGAACCUCCACCAGAGUUGACGCUUACAGUGCGUAUCGGCCUCAAGCCCAGAAACGCCGAGUUGGGCCAUGACCAUCUCAUGGAAAUUUCCAAUCCAACCUCGCCCAAUUUCGGCAAACACUGGACACCAGCAGAGGUUCGCGAGUUUUUCUCGCCAGCCCCCGAAACCCUCGAAUCUGUACAAGAAUGGCUCUCGUCCUCGGAAAUCGCGACUCACCGGCAUCGACUGGCUUUCAGUCGAGGCACUAUUCAGUUCAACGCCACUGUCGAAGAGCUCGAGUCACUUCUGAAAACCAAAUACAAAGUCUGGCGGAAUGUUGACACUGGGGUCUUGAGUCUGUCGUGCGAUGAAUAUUAUGUGCCCCGGCACGUCGGACAUCACAUCGACUUCAUCACUCCAACGAUUGACAUGGGCACCCCAUACAGCCAGACCUCCAAGAGGCAAAAACGCACUCGAUUUUCUCCAAUACGCCAUCCGUUGCCCUCAACUCUUCAAGGUGACGCCAAUAAUUUGAACACAUGCAACGAAUCCAUUACUCCGGCCUGCGUUCGGGCUCUGUACCAAAUUCCCGAGUCUACUGUCACGCAGGCCGGCAACAACCUCGGUAUCUAUGAAGCAGGAGACCAAUACGACCAAGCAGAUCUGGAUUCUUUUUUCUCGCAAUACUCGUCCAAUAUUCCCAAUGGAACUCACCCCAUCCUGAACAGCAUUGACGGCGGAGUGGCCCCAGUUCCAGUAGGCGAGGCAGGCGGAGAAAGCAUGUUGGACUUUUCAAUAGCGUAUCCGCUCUUAUAUCCUCAAAACAUCACCCUCUUUCAGGUCUAUGACGAUUACACCGCCGCUGAAACAUAUGGCAUUUUUAAUCAAUUCCUCGACGCCCUGGAUGGGAGCUACUGCACGUAUGACGGAGGGGACGACCCCAAAAUCGAUCCAAAAUUCCCGGAUGGUACUGGGUGGAAUCAAAGCGCAGAGUGUGGCAUAUAUCAACCAACAAAUGUGAUUUCCGUUUCAUAUGCUGUUGCCGAAGCUACCUAUCCUGCUGCCUAUGCAACCCGACAGUGCCAUGAAUAUAUGAAGCUGGGCCUACAGGGUGUGUCCGUCAUCUUCGCAUCUGGCGACAAUGGCACAUUGGCUCGUUUUGGCGUCGACGGCUGCUUGUCGAAUGGUGCCCAAAACCCAAACUUUCCUGCAUCUUGCCCGUACGUGACAUCCGUGGGUGCCACGCAGAUCAAGCCCAACGGCACCGUCAACGACCCCGAAAUCGCUGUGAUUCCAUUCGAUGCUCACGAUUUCUACGAUGAGCCCGAGUUUACCAGUGGCGGCGGGUUCUCCAACAUAUUCCCUCGCCCGGAUUACCAAGAUACGGCCGUGCCCAACUAUUUAGAGACAAACACCCAACUUCCCGCCAGUAGCACUUACAAUCAAUCGGGACGCGGGUUUCCUGAUGUGUCAGCGAAUGGACUCAAUUUCCCCGUCUAUGUGUUUGGUGACGCUUCAGUGGAGUCGGGCACCUCGGCGUCCACGCCGCUUUUUGCUUCUAUCAUCACCCGAUUGAAUGGUGAACGAAUCGCAGCCGGGAAAGGGCCUAUUGGGUUCUUGAACCAGGUGCUUUACGCCAACCCGGGGAUGUUCAAUGAUAUCACCGAGGGGUAUAAUUGGGGCUGCAAUGCGUCGAUGGGGUUUGAGGCGCAGCAGGGAUGGGACCCGGUGACAGGGCUGGGUACACCUAACUAUCCUAAAAUGUUGGAUGUUUUCCUCAGCUUGCCGUGA